CUCUAAUUGGCCAGUACCUAGACCCUUACCACGCUUCAGUGGUAAUUGUUCAAUGCCAUUUUGGCGUUGAAUUUGCUAUGAAGUCGUCGGUGAGGGCGGUGUUGGUGAGCCGUGAGGCAGCCCGGCGGUCGCUCAGUGGGGUCAGGUUUUACCCUGGUAUGGGGGUGUACGACCACCGGUAUUGUACCGCCGAUGGAGUUCGGCAACCCUUUCAACACCUUCUCCCCAUGUGCCGGUACGUGCAAGCGUACACAUCCUUCGCCGCGGCCUCAGUGAUACGUCCGUUUUUAUGUGGCUGAUGUUAGGCGGUGACAAGUGUCGGCCUAUCGGCAAUUGUACCGCCCAAAUAAUCACCGCGUUCAUGGAGUUCCUGCAGGUCGCGGUGCGGGGCUCAGGCGUCCGUUUCGAGUGUGCGGUCAGUGGAAACAAUUCGUGUGCGGUGUUGUCGCUGAUGGCCACAUACGGAACGCGGAUGACCGAGUUUUGUCUCGCGGAGGGGUUGCUCGUGUGUUCAACCAAAUAUUGGUCUUACCAUGUCAAUUCCUUGAUAUUGGACACAUUGAGUCGGCUUGUGGACUUGGUGGAGGGAUUACAGACGGCCAACUUCCACAAUCGUUUGCUAGCGAGCGUUUAUGACGCGGGAUUGAUGCUGCGGUUCUUGGCGUUUGGUAAGUCGCGAUUAAACAAAACAGAUAUUAAUUCAAUUACUGUUCAGUUAGUUGACCAAAACAAUAAUCCAAUUGAUAAUUUUAACGAGACGUUAACAGUUGUUCUACAUAUUAAACGUCACGGAUCUGAUCAUUAA